UAAGAUAUCCAAUGCCUCACAGUCAAUGCGCCUUGUUGUGCUUUUGUAACGGAAAGACGGAUAUUCUUUAUUUUUUACCUCUUUAGAUGACCCCCCUACAAUUAAACGACAUCCAAGCGGGGAGUUUAACCGAUGUUGGGACAAAAUUAACGUUAGCUCGGCAUUGAGGCAGCAUAAGCCAACGCUGCUGCGGGAGUAUAUCCACCGUUAAGAUUGGAGCGGAAGGAAUUCCUGACACCGGGAAGAAAGAGAUUUCUGCUGGGAUGCCUCCUGCAAGUUGGGAAAAACAAGUAUUUUACGGUUCCUAAUCAGGCCGUGGAGCCACAGACCUGAAGUAUGUGUUCAUUCGACUGAUUUAAACACCGGGGAGGAUUUUUAUGUUGGCGGGAUUUAUCUUUUGCAGUUCACGCGACUUGUGUAGCAAGUUAGCCACGUUAGCUAACGCCACUUAGCCUCCAGUGGGAAGACGCUCAAAAUGGCGGAGGGUCGGCCCGUUCCUCCGGCCCUCGUUUUCCUGCUGCUGAGUUUCAGCGCCCGGGCUCUGGAGUCUUGUCCCGCUCCGUGCUCCUGCCCAACGGGACGAGAUGAAGUCCGCAUCCUGGACUGCAACAGGAAAAGGCUGUCAACGGUUCCUGCGGACCCCCCGCAUGGGACGACCCAGGUCACCAUGAAUCACAACGAACUGACCGAUAUCCCUUUUCUUGGAGAUGUGUCCUCAAACAUCACCUCCCUGUCAUUAGUCCACAAUCGGAUCUCAGAACUUUUGAUGCAUCAGCUGCUGCCAUACGUUGCCCUGGAGACACUGGACCUGACAUCCAACUCGAUCUCAGAGCUCAGAGUUGGAUCCUUCCCCUCCAUGCAGCUGAAAUACCUGAAUUUGAGUAAUAACAAGAUCAGCGUCCUCGAGCCUGGCUGCUUUGAAAACAUCUCCAGCUCCCUGCUGGUGUUGAAGCUGAACAGGAACAGAUUAGCUGUGCUGCCUUCUAAGGUCUUCAAACUUCCACAGCUCCACUUCCUUGAAAUGAAGCGUAACAAGAUCAAGAUUGUGGACAGCCUGACAUUCAAAGGGAUGGACUCACUGAGGUCACUGAAGAUGCAGAGGAAUGGCAUCACCAACCUCAUGGAUGGAGCCUUUUUUGGACUUAACAACAUGGAAGAACUAGAGCUGGAGCACAACAACCUAACAGAGGUCAACAAAGGCUGGCUGUACGGACUACGCAUGCUGCGGAUCCUGCGGGUCAGCCAGAAUGCUCUCGGCAUCCUCCGACCAGACGCCUGGGAGUUUUGCCAGAAGCUGGAGGAGCUAGACCUGUCCUUCAAUCACCUGACUAGACUCGAGGAGGCCGCCUUUGUGGGACUAGGUCUCCUGGACAGCCUGAACCUCGGAGAAAACUCCAUCAGCCAUUUGGGAGAAGGAGUGUUCAGUGGCCUGGCGAGUCUGCACACCCUGGAUAUCCGCAAUAAUGAAAUCUCCUGGGCCAUUGAAGACUCUGUUGGUCUGUUUGAUGGGAUGAAGAAGCUGAACACACUGAUCAUACAGCGGAACAAAAUCAAAUCCAUCACGGAGAAAGCGUUUGAGGGCCUGGACGAGCUGGAGCACCUGGACCUCAGCAAUAACGGCAUCAUGUCGAUACACCCCGAGGCGUUGUCCCACAUGAAGCUCAAAGUGUUCGUCCUGAACACCAGCAGCCUGCUGUGUGACUGCCACAUGCAGUGGCUCGGGCCCUGGCUCGCCGCCAGCCACUUCCAGCCGCCCGUGUUUGCUGUGUGUGCUCAUCCCGCCAGCCUCCUCGGCCACAGUGUCCUGUCCGUCAGCCCCGAGCUCUUUGUGUGUGACGAUUUCCCCAAGCCUCGAAUCGCCACCCACCCGGAGACCUACGUGGCGAUGCGCGGGAACAACGUGACCCUGAGCUGCGUUGCGUCCAGCAGCAGCGAUUCGCCGAUGACCACGGCGUGGCGGAAGGACGGGGAGGUGCUGUAUGACGCCGAGGUGCAGAACUACGCCCAGUACCAGGAGGGGGAGCUGACCUACACCACCGUGCUGCACCUACUCAACGUCAACUUCACUGACGAGGGACGCUACCAGUGUGUGGUCUCCAAUCACUUUGGCUCCAACUACUCCAACAGGGCGAAGCUCACUGUGAACGAGCUGCCGUCCUUUCUGAAGACUCCCAUGGAUCUGACGAUCCGCGCUGGGAGCAUGGCCAGGCUGGAGUGCGCCGCCGAAGGCCAUCCAUUACCCCAGAUUGCUUGGCAGAAGGACGGCGGCACCGACUUCCCGGCCGCCCGGGAGCGCAGGAUGCACGUGAUGCCAGACGAUGACAUCUUCUUCAUCGCUAGCGUGAAGGCGGAAGACAUGGGAGUGUACAGCUGCACGGCUCAAAACGCAGCUGGCAGCCUGUCUGCGAACGCUACCCUCACCGUCCUGGAAACUCCGUCCUUCAUCCGGGGACUGGAAGACAGGUCGGUGGCGCGCGGCGAGACCGCCGUGCUGCAGUGCAUCGCCGGGGGCAGCCCGGCCCCCCGGCUCAACUGGACCAAAGACGACGGGCCCCUGCUGCUCACCGAGCGCCACUUCUUCGCCGCCGCCAAUCAGCUGCUCAUCAUCGUCGACGCCGGCCCCGCGGAUGCCGGGAAAUACACGUGCAUCAUGUCCAACACCCUGGGGACGGAGCGCGGCCACAUCUACUUGAGCGUCUCGCCGUCGCCCAACUGUGACACCGGCGCGGGGUUCGACCAGGACGGCUGGACCACCGUGGGCAUCGUGGUGAUCGUGGUGGUGUGCUGCGUGGUCGGGACCUCGCUGGUCUGGGUCAUUGUCAUCUACCACAUGCGCAGGAAAAGCGAGGACUACAGCCUCAGCAACACAGACGAGAUGAACCUGCCGGCGGACAUCCCCAGCUACCUGUCCUCUCAGGGCACUCUGUCAGAGCCUCAGGAAGGCUACAGCAACUCUGAGGCCGGCAGCCACCAGCAGCUCAUGCCCCCCCUUUCUAACGGAUACGUCCACAAGGGCACCGACGGUGUGUGUUAUGGAGACGCAGCCACCGAGGGAGAGACGGAGGGGAACGGCGCGCUGCACUGCCGGGUCGGCUCUCUGUUCACCGGCCGGAGCAGCUUCCACCCCGGAGAGCCGCGAGAGGGAAUCGCUGGACUCUCCACAGGUGGCGGUCCGAGUCCGCUGGUCAUCUGCUCCGACUGCUACGACAACGCCAACAUCUACUCUCGCACGCGGGAGUACUGCCCGUACGCCUACCUGGGGGAGGACGAGCCGCUGGACGAGGCCCUGCCGGGCCCGGCGGGGAGCUUCGGCGAGCCGUCCCAGCACGGCGACCGGGCGCUGGAGAACCUCGGCGGCGGUGUGGACCCCUCCGACUUCCUCGCCUCGCACGCCAAGAGGCCGGAGCACUACGCCGACGAUUUCCUCUGCCGUCCCUUCUGGGGAGAAGAGGAAGGUCCGCCCACUAAACCCCAAAGAGGGGCGUCACAGCACCCGGUGACGGUUCACAGGACUCCGCCUCCGACCUCCGCUGCCGACGGGGCGGAGCAACGCAGCGAGGCGGACGCUUUAUCCAGCCGGUGCACACGGGACCACAGAAGUGCCUCUGAUAGGACUAACCCUCAGGAGCGUCCUGCUCCCACAUAGUCCUCGCACUCCACCCAGGCUCCGCCCCCCCCCACCCCUUUCCCGACCCACUACCUCCAAAGAGACUCCUCACAUUCUGCCAAAGAUGCUCUGUUUACAUUCCCCUUUUCUCUCGAGAGGACGUGCAAGCCGCGUGGAACUGGAGAAACGGACCGGUGAUUUUGAGUGAGCUCCUCCAUGACGCCUCCACCUGCUCCACGCUAUGAAUGUAUGCUUUAGAGAGGGAACGCCGAGACACGGUGGAGUCUCUGGCGAGCUCUCUCUUCCGUCCCGCUGGCGCUCUGGUGGAGCGGCCGUCGAAUGACUGAACCGCCGAUUUCCAGGAAGGGAGGUUUUGACCCGCUUACGGUACCAGUUGCAAGUUCCAUGACCAGCAGUUUGUGGUGGUGAUGUAGGAAGGAACGUCUAAUGCGCCCAACGUUCCCACAGCCAUCCCGACUCAACACGCUGCCACGUGGUAUCUUGUUCAAAAGACAUUGACACCAAAAUGUGGUGUACAUUAUGAAUAUAUAUAUAUGACUAUAUAGCCGAUAUCAUCUUUAUCCAAUCUUGUUUUUGUCCAAUGUCAACUUGCGAUUGCUAAUCCCUUCGUUGUCGAUGUCCUCGUGGUGAUGAGCACUUUGGGGAGGAAGCGUGACAUGUUUUUUGCACAUGUGACAAUCAUGGUUUUGCUGGCUACUUUCUAAUGGCUGUCUGCCUUUUUAAACGAGCAUUCUCAGUAACCUCGGUCAGGUGGCAUUAAUGGCGUAUGUAUAUACACAGUAUGCACUGAUUGCCCCCCCCUCUCUUAUCAUACCUUAGGCACUUAAUUUAACGGUGGUACAUUUAUCACGCAGUAGUCACGCUGUGUUACUAAGAGGAUUUAUCACCAGUUUUAUCUCGAAUCGUUCCUGAUCCUUCCGUAGAUGUUGAUUAAGCUUAAGUUUUCACUUGGGACUGUGAAAAGUUAGAAUGUAUUGUAUUAUUUUCUACGUAUGUGUAUAUGUACAUAAUGCUGGUAAUCUAUUCCAUGUCCUACUAGUCUACUCGCACACGUGCUGCAGUUCUUUUAAGCUUGUUCAGGCCUUGUUGACUCAGCGUUUAUAACCGUUUGUUCAGGAAACAAGGAUUUUCCUCCUAAAUGAAAGACGGUAAACACACUCCUCUGUUCCCACACGUAGGCUCUUAAUUCCAUUUGAGGAUUUGAAAAUAUAAAUGGCUCUCGUCCAAAAGGCCUUUUGUCGCAUUGGAUGGCAUGAAUUUUCCUGUUAAAAACCUCUCGAUUAUUGCACUUCAAAGUUGUUCGGUUUUGACUCUCAGAAAAGACUCGAUUGUUCGAGCUAAUUCAUUCUAAUAGCUGCAAUAAAUCAACCGCCAUGAAUA